AUGGUUUCCUUUUUGGGUAGAAUAGAGACUCGCCGUCUUCACAGCACUGACAUGAAACGCUUGGUGCGUAUCCUGCGAGAUGUCCCAACACCUACUGAGGAGCGUUAUGAGCGCAAAGUGUCACUCUACCAAAAACACACCAAGUUGGAUAUCCAGGAUCUCCCUCGACGCUUACGCUCCUCUCCUCUAUUCUUCCGGAGUUCUGGGAACCUCUGCUGCAUCCACAAAGGCUUGGAUGCCCAUCUAAUCAACGACAUUUGGGCAUGGGUGAAGCACGAGUUUGAAGGCGCAAUCGGCCAGUUCCUUUACCCUUUGAUCAUAUCUAAUCUUCUGACCCCGGACCAAGAGUGGAGGGUGCGUCAAAUGGAACCUGUGCUGCAAAUGUGGCGACGGGAUUUCAAACUUGAUGCUUCUGCGCCGCCUGGCCGCGAGCCCAUCUACUGUGGAGACAAGUGGCACUACCAGCCCGACCAGUGUCCAGCUUGUAUCAUGGCGCGUAUUGGUUCUGAUGAAGACGUCCUCUUCGCUCUCUUUGCGGGCAUGGUGGGCCGCUUGAGUACAAAAAGUCUGACAAAUCCCAACCCCGCUCCUGACACUCCUUACUGGGCAGAGAUGAGCUCGAGGCGUGUACGAUUCGUAAAAUACUGGAUCAAGAAGACUUCUGGCAGUGAGAGGACCCUUUACGAAUCCGGUGAUCUUGGUAUGAGACUAAAGUUUUUGAUGCUGGAGCGAAGGCACCAAAAGGAGACUUUGUAUCAGACACUCUCUGGCACAACAGUGAACUCCUCUUCAGAUACAUCCUCCGAUCACAAAACAGGCGAGCACUCAUUUCACAUGCAGGUCGACACAAAACUAGGUCCGAAUCCCCGCCCUUUCAGCGUAGAGCAGUUCUCCCCAGCAGAACCCCUAGGUUUCGAUAUGCGCGACAAGCAGGCCUACACUUCUCCCAAAUCAUACAACCGACAAGACACAUACUCGGCAUAUCAUCAAGAUACCUACCAAACCUCACCCAGUAAGUCCUCAUUCUAUUCAUCCUACCACCAUCACUCAAACAACUCACUGAGCCCCAGCGACAGCAUCAGCAUGACAGCCCUACAUCCCGCGCCCCUACGCAUAAAAAAGCGAGAUCUAACCCACAGCCACCACCGCAACUCCUCUUCCCUAAGCACAACCAGCACUAUCCUCUCCUACACCGGCGGCCCCUCACAACACCCACAAUACCGCGACCCCUUCAACGACCCCAUCUACAACAUCACCCAACCAGCAAACUCACAUCAAGCAGAGUCACACCAAGAAAAGUACCGAAGACUCUUGGCUACCGAAAACCCUUAUGCGUACUCUACUUCGGCGUUCAACACCGACGCCGACGAGCACCACCAGCAGCGCGACCCUGCGCUUCCGCAGCCCAAGCAGGCAUCCAUGUACUUUGCCUAUUGGGACAAGAAGUUCAAUGGGGGAUGGUUCGACCGUGUUGAUAUGGAGCCGAGACGCGAGGAGCGCGAGAUGUGGGAGAGGGAGGGGCGCGAGAUGGAGAGGGAGACGGAGUCGGAUACCGAGUCUGAGGGGAGUAAGAGGGUUACGCGGUGGGAAGACUUUUACUAG